GUAAAAGCAUUUACGCAUACAAAUCAAAUUACCAUCAUCCUUCAGUAAUCAAGCUCUAUUAUCUUGCUAAUAGAUUAUACAAUAAUAUGGAUUCACCAACCGCAUGGAAUAUUAAUGAUGAACGUAAACGUAAUCUUUUAAGACUAAAUGGAGACAAGCAUAUAAUGACUUAUGCAG